UCUGGGCUGGCAGGCGGCACUGGCAGCGAUACCGGCGACGGCAGCGACGGCAGCCACGGUUAUGGGGAGCGGAGGCGUGAUCCACUGUAGGUGUGCCAAGUGUUUCUGUUAUCCUACAAAGCGGAGAAUAAGAAGGAGACCCCGAAACCUAACAAUCUUGAGUCUCCCUGAAGAUGUGCUCUUUCAUAUCCUGAAAUGGCUUUCUGUUGGAGACAUCCUUGCUGUCCGAGCUGUACACUCCCACCUGAAGUACCUGGUGGAUAACCAUGCCAGUGUGUGGGCAUGUGCCAGCUUCCAGGAGCUGUGGCCUUCUCCAAAGAACCUGAAGCUCUUUGAAAGGGCUGCCGAAAAAGGGAAUUUUGAAGCUGCUGUGAAGCUGGGCAUAGCCUACCUCUACAAUGAAGGCCUGUCUGUGUCUGAUGAGGCCCGAGCGGAAGUGAACGGGCUGAAGGCCUCUCGCUUCUUCAGUCUCGCGGAGCGCCUGAAUGUGGGUGCCGCGCCCUUCAUCUGGCUCUUCAUACGCCCACCUUGGUCGGUGUCUGGAAGCUGCUGCAAGGCCGUGGUUCAUGAUAGCCUCAGGAUGGAGUGCCAGCUGCAGAAAACUCACAGAGCGUCCAUACUGCACUGCUUGGGGAGAGUGCUGAGUCUUUUUGAGGAUGAAGAGAAACAGAAGCAGGCCCGGGACCUGUUUGAAGAGUCUGCUAAUCAGGGGUGUUUGACCAGCUCGUACCUCCUCUGGGAAAGUGACAGAAAGAUGGAUAUGUCAGAUCCCGGACGAUGCCUCCACAGCUUCCGGAAACUCAGGGACUUUGCUGUCAAAGGCUGCUGGGAAGCGCAGCUGUCUCUAGCCAAAGCCUGUGCACAUGGAAACCAGCUCGGACUGGAAGCAAAAGUCUCCAACGAGAUAGUCUGCCAGCUGUUCCAGGCCUCCCACGCUGUCAGUAAGCAGAGGGUCUUCUCUGUGCAGAAGGGACUCAAUGACACAAUGAGGUACAUUCUCAUCGAUUGGCUGGUAGAGGUCGCAACCAUGAAGGACUUCUCAAGCCUGUGCCUUCACCUGACCGUGGAGUGUGUGGACCGGUACUUGCGGAGGCGGCUGGUGCCCCGGUACAGGCUCCAGCUGCUGGGCAUCGCCUGCAUGGUCAUCUGCACCCGGUUCAUCAGCAAAGAGAUCCUGACGAUCCGGGAGGCUGUGUGGCUCACAGACAACACGUACAAAUAUGAGGACCUGGUGAGGAUGAUGGGAGAGAUCAUCUCUGCCUUGGAAGGGAAGAUUCGAGUCCCAACUGUGGUCGAUUACAAGGACGUCCUGCUGACGCUGGUCCCCAUGGCGCCAAGAACCCAGCACCUGUGCAGCUUCCUCUGCGAGCUCUCCCUGCUGCACACCAGCCUGGCUGCCUAUGCCCCAGCCCACCUGGCUGCAGCCGCCCUGCUCCUGGCGAGGCUAACACACGGGCAGACACAGCCCUGGACCACUCGGUUAUGGGACCUCACUGGGUUCUCCUGUGAAGACCUCAUCCCCUGUGUCUUAAGCCUUCAUCAAAAGUGCUUCCAUGACGAUGCCCCCAAGGACUACAGGCAGGUCUCUCUCACCGCCGUGAAGCAGCGAUUCGAGGACAAGCGAUAUGAAGAGAUCAGCCAGGAAGAGGUGCUGGUGCUGAGCUACGGCCAGUUGUGUGCAACUCUAGGGGUGAAACAAGAGAGCCCAGAACCUGCGUCUUUUCUCAGCACAGGGGACAUUCACACCUUCCUCAGCUCUCCCUCUGGAAGGAGAACCAAGCGGAAACGGGAGAACAGCCUCCAGGAGGACAGGGGCAGCUUCGUCACCACGCCGACCGCAGAGCUGUCCAGCCAGGAGGAGACACUGCUGGGCAGCUUCCUGGACUGGAGCCUGGACUACUGCUCUGGCUACGAGGGCGACCAAGAGAGCGAGGGCGAGAAGGAGGGUGAUGGUGAGUGCCAGGGCCAGAGACCACCCGGUGCUGCCCCAGAGGGGAUAGUGGGCAGGAGGGCCCCCAGCCUGAGCUGCAGGAGAGUGUGUCCAGACAAAGGUAGACAUGAGAGAGCAAAGCCCCUGGAAUACCAGCUCACAGGGAGGACAGGAUGUGGGCACAACCCACGCCCAGCUCUAGCUGGACCUGUGCUGGUGGAAGGACAUCACCAGGUCAGGGACAGAGGAAUAGACCUUUCUAGAAGGUUGUGCGAGAUGUGCCCCCUGCUGGGCUCUGUCCCUCAGGCACCUGUCCUGUCCAGCAGGUUAGGCUGCAGGAGGCUCUGUCCCCAUGUCUCGUCAGCCAUCUGCACAGGAAGCCCAGAUCGACAGCUUCUGUUGAUUUUCCAACUGCUAUUUUUGUGUCCACUCAGGGGAUUAACUAAAUUAUUAGAUGGCCAGUUUGUUGUCACUUCCUACUGUCCCCUAGGUCACAUUGGGUAUUACCCCAAGUUUGAAAGGAGACACUUCACCCCCAAUUUCUUACGUAAAGGAAAGGGGACUGUCCAGCAAGGUUCAGGAUGUGCGGCCGAGAGCUGGACCCUGGGCUCCCCUGGGUCCUGACUGGGCACAGGGUCAACCUGAUGCUCAGGCUAUGGCCUGACCUCUUCCCUACCUCCCAUAGUGACUGCUCCCAGCGGUGUCCUCGAUGUCACUGUGGUCUACCUGAACCCGGAACAGCACUGCUGCCAGGAAUCAAGUGAUGAAGA